AAAUAAACAAAAUUGACUGCGAAAAAAGUGUUACUCCUAGAAUUUAGAGUAUUUUAUUGCAAAAUAUCGCCUUAGUUUACGUAAAAAUACGCAAAAAAUGUACAUAAAGUUUUUCUAGUUGCUCGUGUGUCUUCUUCUUCUUCAUGUGUUACAAGUGACUUGAUAUUUCGUUGUUUUUGUCGAUUUUCGGGAUCUGGAAGAAAAUAGCAAGAUGGCAAAUCCCCAAGUGAGCUACAACGCGUUGAACGAAAACGACGCGAAUCCCUUUGCGAUGGCCAGCGAGGCGGAAAAUCGCGAAAAUGCCACCACAAAUGAGGCAGACGUCUUCCGGGAGACAGACAACGAGGAUUACGAGCCGCAUAAUAGUGGCGUGAUGAUACACGUUGUACCUGAGGCGAGUCGGGGCGCACGCUGGAACCAUAUCGACAAUCUCGACUCGUUUUUCACGCGAAUGUACAACUACCAUCAGCGACAUGGCUUUAGUGUGAUGAUGCUGCAAGAGAUGUUUGGCUUACUGCAAUUUCCCUUUGUGAUUACGCUACUUAUUGGACUGCUGCAUUGCGUUAAUUACGAUAUUUUAUUCAAUGGUUUCCCGCCACCCCCGAACCAAAAUCAAAAUCACACUCGUGUGACAAUCCCCGAUGUGAUUAUUCCCCCAUCCCAAUGCCUGCCAACGAUUGGACUUUUUACGUGGUUUACGAUUCUCUUGUCGGCCCUUGUGUGGGUUUUUCGCCUUAUCAAGUUCCUGUAUCACUUUAUUCAGUACUGGGACAUUAAACUUUUCUUCAAUACAGCACUUAAAAUUCCCGAUGCUGAUUUGGAUAAUCUCACGUGGCACGAGGUGCAAAAGAGAGUAAGAGAAGUCCAGUCUGAGCAACAAAUGUGCAUCCAUAAGGAACAAUUGACUGAAUUGGAUAUCUAUCAUCGAAUUUUGAGAUUCAAAAACUACAUGGUGGCAAUGAUGAACAAAGGACUGAUUCCAUCAACGAUGAGCUUCCCAUUCAUUGGCGAGUACGCAAUCUUGAGUCGGGGAUUGCGAUACAACAUUGAAUUAAUCCUUUUUUGGGGUCCUUUCUCACCAUUUGAGAACAACUGGAACCUCAAGGAGGAAUACAAGCGAAACAAUAAACGAAUAGAAUUAGCUAGGAAAUUAUCCACGCAAAUCACGUGGUUAGCAAUUAUCAACUUACUCUUCUCGCCAUUCUUGUUUUUGUGGCAGUUGAUGUACUUUUUCUUCAAUUACGCUGAUAUCAUCAAACGCGAGCCUGGAGCUUUGGGAUUGCGCUGCUGGUCACAAUACGGAAAGCUUUUCUUGCGUCAUUUCAACGAACUGGAUCACGAGUUAGAUGCCCGAUUGAAUCGCGCUUAUCGUCCUGCCGUUAAAUACAUGAAUUCCUUCUCGUCGCCCUUAAUUACCGUCAUUGCGAGACAAAUAAUUUUCUUUUUCGGCGGAAUUGGAGGAAUUUUGUUGCUUUUUAGUUGUUACAACGAGCAAGUGUUGCAUGUCGAGCAUGUAAUUACGGUGUUGGCUGUUUGUACGGCCCUUGUGAUGGUAGCUCGUGCCCAAAUCCCGGACGAAAAUUUGAUUUGGUGUCCCGAGCAGUUGCUUCUGAAUAUUUUGGCGCAUGUUCACUACUUACCGUCUGCCUGGUGUGGCAAGGCACAUACCUCCGAGGUGCGAAAUAAUUUUGAACACUUUUUCCAGCUGAAAGCAAUGUUCAUUAUAAAUGAAUUGUUGAGUCCUCUCAUCACGCCAUUUGUGCUUUUGAGUCAUUUGCGACCAAAAGCACUGGAUAUUGUCGAUUUUUUCCGCAGUUUUACGGUGACUGUCGUCGGUGUAGGGGAUGUUUGUUCAUUUGCGCAAAUGGAUGUGCGAAAACACGGCAACGUCGACUGGCAAAUCACGAAAAGUGCCGGAGAUGAUGGCACUGGCGAGUCAAUGGCACCGCCCGAAACGAACCAAUACACACAAGGAGAGCACGGAAAGACGGAAUUGUCGCUUGUUCACUUCACCUUAACCAAUCCCGACUGGAAAAUGCCCAACGAUGCGCGUCAAUUCGUGCAGGGAAUCAAACGGCAUGCAUAUCAAGAUCUCAACAAGAAUCGCGGACACUUGACAAACACCACAGCGAUGGGUCAAAGUCUCAUCGCCAUGGAUUGCUUAGGUGGCGAUUACUCUUCCAUCGUUUCUUCGCUACUAAACACUCACAAUUUGACGACAUCUCACAUGGGAAUGUCCAUGUUUGGUAAUCACGCGGCUCCAACGUCGGGCACUUCGCAUAAUCCGUGGUCCGUUCAUCCGAUUGUCUCGCCGCAACAAGGCGCACCUGCGAAUUACAUGACGUCACCGCAAUCUUUUGACUUUAUGUUGCAGCAAAAUUUGACGGACAACAGCACGGCACCUCCCCUGCGUAGUGGAUACUUGCACAACAUCACCGAGGACGAGGAUCAGUCGGAGCACGAAAAUGACGAGACAAUUAAUCGUCAUGCCAGCUUGGAUCAUCGCGCAUUGAGCAGCAUGAGCAUUCGUGGUGGCUUGCGACGUCGCGAAGGACCACUUAGUGGAUCGCAAAAUGGCAUCCUCUACAGCUUGUAUGGCAAUAACACGGAAAAUGUCGUUAUUUCGCCGGAAUUCACAGUUGCCGACAUGUGCUUGAGUACGUUGUACCUUCACGAAUUACACCAAAGACAUGUAAAACGCCGAGGCAUCCGUCUCGAUCAAAGCCAACGUCACAUCUGGCAACGUCCGCACCAAGAAAGCUCAAUGCCCGCGAGACAGUCGUCGACGCCCAUCAUUCAACAUCCCUUUGGCACGUCCAUGUCAGCUGCCGCACGUCAAGAACGCCAAGCCGAACGCACGCCCCUGAUCAAAAAGUCAUAGCAUGAAGCUGAAUGGGUCUAGAGAUUGCAGCCAUAACUUUAUUUUUGGAGAUUUUUGACCCACACGAGAUGAAAUUUUUUUUUAUUUUAACGCCAUAUUUUCUCAAAAACUAGACGUUUAAGCUUAAAAACUGUACAUAGAGAGAUAUCUAUCUAUUUUUCUAUCGCUUCAAAACUAUUUUUUGGUUGAAAAUUUCUUUUUUUUUACUGUUGAACAAAUUUAUCAAAUACCAAAUAAUGGAAAAUAUUUUAACAAAAAAAUUUCGAAAAGAAAACAAAAAAAAAUUAAAGACUAACAAACACAAACUUAAGUUUAAAUUUAAAUUAUAUCUAAGAAAACUAUAUUAAAUAUAUUAUAAUAAUUAUUAUAUUAUUAUGUAGAUAGGUAGUGAGUUUGAAUCAUUCAUUUCUA